GCAACCUAACAAAAUAGACCCUACACCACGAAUGAACGCAAUGGAAAGCUCCCUUUACGUGCUGUAAACCCGUUACAAAUAGUUAACAAUAUGAUCUGAUAACAUACAGGUUUCCCGUGUUUAAUAUCGUUGUCCAGUUCCUCUUUGUCCGACGGUGAAGCCGGGAAAUCCGAUUUCCACAGGAACGAGAACGCAGCAUUUCACAGCUACGUGAUGUUUUGACGUGAUUUUAGGUUCUUUUCCAGUUCUUGUUGAGAAAAUGUCGAGUUAGAGAAAUAAUUCCACUUAUUCGUUGUCUUUUGUGACAUUUGGCGUGUUUUGUCGUCGUUUCGACUGAAACAACUGACUGGGUUAAACAAUGGCUAGAGUCGAAUGCUGCUAAAGGAGAUUAGAUUGUUUUGUUUGUUUGUUUUUGAAUCCAAAAUGGAUUCAUGUGAAGUUGUGCACAUAAGGAAAGCGGAGGUGUGCACAAGAAAUCUCGACCUGGGCAAGGUGAUUUGCCUGCUUGAAGACCCCCUGACAAGCCACAUGCAGGAGAGGCACACAUUUGUGCUGAAGAAGCUGCUCAAGAGGAGAAAACAGGGCUUUCUGCUGAGGGAGUUGGCGAGCAUCUCGAGGAUCCUCAAAGUCUGCGGCGAGAAGGCUGACGAGCAACCGGAAUAUUGCGACAUUCUGUGCGAGGCGCUCCAAAUUUGUAGGCUCCCUUUCCUGAAGGAGAAAAUGUCCGACGAGCUCAACUACGCCGAGGAUGUCAAGCGGUUCCUCUCUCGCGUUGGCUACCUGAUGCGGGUGUCGGACGGCGAGGUGAGGCGUCAGGCGGUGGAGUCGGUCAAGUCUUACUACAGCUGCUCGGCUCCCGGCAAAGCGCCGCUCGACGGGCCUCAGCCGACGUCGCCCGGCUACCGACUGCGGCUUCUGGAGCGCAGCGACCUGGCCGAGACGCUCUUCCUGUCCGUAGCGGCGCUGGAGCAGCAGCCCGCCAUCAAGCUGCUGCUGCUGCAAACGCUCCAGAUGCUCUCCAGCACGUCCGAUACGAACUGCGCUUUAAUGCUGAGCGUGCGAGGGGCCGAGAGCGUUUGUCUGCGCAUGAACGAGCCGGACCCGACCGGGCUGAUCCUGUUCCACUCCUCGGAAAUCCUCUGGAACCUUCUGGAGCGAGGCGACAAGUCUGAGGUGGCCGCCCAGCUCGGCAGCUUGGAAUGUGCAAUCUCUCUCAAAGAAGCGUUCACCCACGCCGUGCUGAACACUUCCCGACACGUCGACCUCCAAGUCCGCAACGAUCUGCUGGUGCUCACCACCCACUUUGCCGAGAACUCCUGCGCUCUGCUGAUCGAGAGCCUCUUCGCCAAGCAGCUGGUUGCGCUCUGCACGUUUCCCGAACUGAAGAGUGGCAACCCUUGGGCGGGCAAGCUGAAGAUGACGUACAACAUGGAGGACCUGCAAAUGAAGAAGCUGCUGUUAAAUCUGCUGGUUGUGAUGUCCAGAGAUCCUGCGACUAUCCAGAUCUUCAGGGAGGAACAAGUGAUACUGGCUCUGCUGACGCUGGCCGAGCCGCCCGCCUCCCCCUCGGCGGCGAGGCCGGGGUCUCGCGACUGGUCGUCCGUCCAGCUGGAGGAGCUCCAGCUGCAGGCUCUGGCGGUCCUCGCUACCGUGGCCCCGCUGGUGCUGGACCACUACAUGUCCUGCUACGGCAACGUGGCGCUGCUGCACCUGCUGGACUGGUGCGCCAGGCAAGACGGCUUCUCCGGCCAAGGUCACAGCUUCCACGCCACUGGAGGGCGAGGCAGCAAGAAGGCCCACAUGCGCUACUCUGUCAGGCUGAUGAGAUCUGUCACCUCGCUGGCUCACAAGACCCUCAACCAGGACCUGUGCGACCAGGGGACCAUACACCUGCUUCUAGAGCUUCUGAUGCAGAUGGAAUGGAGCCCCGGCGAGGAGGAUGCGGUUACCGUGGAGAUGAAGUCAGACAUGCAGAUCGUCCUCGCAGCUCUGUGUGAGGGCGACAUCCACAGAAAGGAGCUGUUCGGCUCCGAGGGCGUGGAGAUGACCGUCCACUUCCUGAGGAGAGGCGCCGGCAUGUUCUACAGCGGCCUUGGACACAACAAGCUUCUCCUGUCAACCUUGGUGUGCUUGCGCACCUGCAUCGUGGGCUGCUACACCGCAGAGGAUUGCUUCUUAGCCCGAGAUGGCGUACUGGUUCUACUCGACCUUCUCAGUUCGAGUCCCAAAUGUGUGCACGGCGUGGUCCUGGCCACCCUGCUGGAACUGUGCGACAACCAGAACACAAUUCCUCACAUCCUGAGCUGGAGCGACGGCGGCGGGCGAACGGCUCCGAGUCUCCUGCUGCGAGUGUGGCGGCGGGAGGAAGAGGAGCUGGGAGUCAUCCGAAACCAACACGGCGGGAUCGCAGAUCCCGAGCAGCCCGUCCUGGCUCCUGGGAAGUUGGAGGACGCAGAGCUGAUGUCGACUCUGGACACGCACAGCGCCGCCGUGCUGGAGAUGCGAGAGAACCCGCUGUCCAAGAUUUACUUGAUCUUCUGCAGGAUCGGUUUCCGGGACCUUCCGGGAUUGUCCGUAAAAGACAGAGUGACCUUGAGUAUCGUCAAACGGUACCUUGACUUCAAGGUGAGCGAGGUGUGGGACGAGAUCAGCCGCGAGCUGAGCCUGGAGGGCGUCCGGCCCGUCACGCCGGACCGGGAGACUCUGCGCGCCGCCCGGCGGAUGUCGCGGCGCGCGGCCGAGGCGGUGGCCGCCGAGCAGGAACGAGUCUCGCGGCGACACGAUGACGAGGCCGACGAGGAAGAAGCGCUUAUGUACCGAGAGAUGAAGUCUCACUGGAAGCAACGUCAGCUCACGGCCGAGUCAUGGCGCAACUUUGUCUCCAGGACGUCCAACUAUGACAUCCUCAAGGAAAUCAAAGAAAAGAGGGAGAAACACAUGGAGUCCAUCAGGACCGAGCCAGCGAACCAGGAUGCGGGGCGGCGUCCCCAAGAGGUGUUUAUCGGGCGGCUGAAGGUGGACGCGGACGGCGCGAACCUGACGGUGGCCCAAACUCCCGUGACGGCGGCGGCGCACCAGGAAGCCUCGCGCGAGCCGCGUUACGGCAACGUAAAAGACUGACAGCGCGCGCAAACUCUUUUACCAGCCAUCUUCAUCUUUAUGUCUUCUUAUUCCGGAGCAAAAAGUCUUUCUUUUUUUAUAUCAUAUGACUGUCAUGGUGCAUUUUCAUCAAGAAAAAAACCUUACAAUUUCUCACUCAAUUGAAACCAAAUGUUCAACAGUGCAGAAAUUCAUACACUACGAAAGUCCUUUGAAUUGACUUCACUUGAAUGUGUGCAAAAGAUGAAAAUGCGUUAAGCUAAAAUAUGACUAUUUGAUUAUUUUUGAAGAAAAGAGGACAAAAUGUCACGUUUUCCAAUUAGAACAUCCCCAGAAUAAUGAGUGAAUGUUACAAAUGUGCCAAUUCUCAACUCAUUCGAAGCAUUUUUUUGGUCCACGUUUCA